CAGCACAGCAGCCAAUAAAGUGCCUCCCUGAGGGAGCAGAGCAGUCAUUACUAGUGUGCGUGUCUGGAUUGUCCAAGGCAGAGAAAGACCCUUUAGAAAGUGACUGACAGUGACAUUUUUUUUAAUAAUGGAGAAGUUUAAGGCAGCAAUGGUACUUGGAGGUGUAGGAGAUGCUCUGGGAUUCAGAAAUUCUAGUUGGGAAGACUAUGCAUCUGGAAAGACAAUCCAGAAAGAACUGAAGCAGCUGGGAGGCCUUGAGAAGCUGGUGCUGGAUGAAGAGAACUGGCCAGUUAGUGAUGACACGCUCAUGCACAUGGCCACAGCAGAGGCACUUACAUCAGAUUACUGGUCCCUGGAAGACCUGUAUCGGGAAAUGGUAAGACUGUAUGUGUCAGCAGUUGAAAAGAUCCAGGGAAGACGACCUGACCCUGCCACAGUUGAAGGAUGCUUGCAGCUAAAGCCCAACAACUACAUCCUAGCAUGGCACACACCAUUCAAUGAAAAAGCAUCUGGUUUUGGGGCAGCUACAAAAGCCAUGUGCAUUGGUAUGAGAUACUGGCAACCAGAAAGAAUAGAGAACCUUGUAGAAGUAAGCAUUGAAUGUGGACGAAUGACUCACAACCACCCAACAGGAUUUUUGGGAUCAUUCUGCACAGCAUUAUUUGCCUCCUUUGCCAUUCAAGGUAAACCAGUAGUGCAGUGGGGAAGGGACAUGUUAAAAAGAUUGCCUAUGGCUGAAGAGUACUGCCGGAAGACAAUACGGCACAUGGCAGAAUACCAAGAGCAUUGGUUUUACUUUGAAGCCAAAUGGCAGUUCUACUUGGAGGAAAGACAGAUUGCAGAGGACGGUGAAAAUAAACCAGCUUUUCCAGACCAUUAUGAUGUAGAAGAGAUGGAUAAAACAUACAGGAGAUGGAGUUCAGAGGGAAGACCAGGAAGAAGGGGCCAUGAUGCUCCAAUGAUUGCAUAUGAUGCUCUUUUGGGAGCAGGAAGUAACUGGGCAGAGUUGUGCAGCCGAGCAAUAUUUCAUGGAGGUGAGAGUGGAGCUACUGGGUCCAUCGCUGGCUGUCUAUAUGGACUGAUGUAUGACCUGAAUAACAUACCCAAAGGCCUGUAUGAGAAGCUUGAAAACAGGGAAAGGUUGGAGCACCUUGGUGAGGCACUGUAUCGCUCAUCGAAAGAAGAAAAGUAAAGCUGUUUUGACAUUUUUCAUUUCCAUAAACUGUGCUUAAUGUAGGUUUUGAAACAAGAGUGCAUAUUAUGUCAAUGCGAUAUGAAAAUUUAGGAUGUUGAAUGUGUACAGAGAUAAAUAGACUGCAAGUAUUUCAGUUGCUUAGGAAAACAUUUUUUUCACUAAAAUAGACUCCUGUUCUUUAUUAAAGUUUAUAGCAUUAACAUUUGGUGCUGACCAGUAUAAUCAAUAUUUUAUUGCUUUUUUUCUUAAAUGAAAAAACAUUGUCUUUUUUUACUUGUUUUUGACAUCAAAUAUAUCUCCUAAUGAAUGUGUGAUGCAAAUAAAGACUGGUAUAGUCCUUCAUCAGCCGUGAGUUUUAUCCUGGUAAAAGUGAAA